AUGGAACCCUGGAAUAAAAGUAGUGUGUCUGAGUUUAUUCUUGUUGGGUUUCCAACUCUGUACACCUAUAGUCCAUACCUUUUUGUAUGUCUUCUUCUCAUUUACCUUCUUACUAUUGCUGGAAACGUGACUAUUUUCUCCAUUGUACAGCUGGACUCACAGCUCCAUAGUCCAAUGUACUUUUUCAUUAGCGUGCUGUCUUUCCUGGAGAUUUGGUACACUGCAGUUACCAUUCCAAAGAUGUUGAUCAAUCUUCUUGUGCCAAGAAAAAGCAUAUCUUUUGAGGGCUGCCUCUUACAGACUUACUUUUUCCAUUCUCUUGGAGCCAGUGAGUGCUAUCUUCUGACCACUAUGGCCUAUGAUAGAUACUUAGCUAUUUGCCAACCACUGCAUUAUAAUUCUAUCAUGACCUCCAAGUUGACUAUAAAGUUAGUAGCCCUCUGUUUUAGUAUUGGGUUUUUAUGUCCAAUCACUGAAGUAAUCCUAAUAUCUAAGCUUCCUUUUUGUGGGAGCAAUGAAAUUCAACAUAUCUUCUGUGACUUUCCACCACUGCUCAACUUGGCUUGUACAGACACCUCCAUCAACGUCCUGGCUGAUUUUAUAAUUAAUAGUUUUAUUAUCCUGGUGACAUUCCUCUUCAUAAUGAUUUCAUACAUUAGGAUUAUUUUUACGGUCUUCAAAAUAAAGACAUCAGCUGGACGAUUGAAGGCUUUUUCUACCUGUAUAUCUCAUCUGACCGUAGUCUUGUUAUUUUUUACCUGUAUUGUGUUUAUGUAUGUGCGGCUUACCACAAGUUACUCUUUGUACUAUGACCGUGUGCUGGCAGUCAUUUAUUCUGUGCUAACCCCUAUUCUGAACCCUAUUAUAUACAGCCUGCGGAACAAUGAGAUCAGGGUGGCUUUUAUACGGAAACUGUGUUCCAGAAAAGAUUACGGCUCUAAAUAA